GUAGGCUGAAUUAAGUGAGGUAUUCUACAAUAACGAUAUCCGCAGCUCGAAGGGCGCACACCGUGCCUGCCCCUCGUUUGGAGACUGGAUGUCUUUGUCAGGCAGUUUCAGUAACUUUCUGACAUCGUCGAUGUAUCUUCUGGUGUUAGAAUAGGUUUUUCAGUGCAAAAGAAAAUGUUCUCAGUGAAAUACAAGUGUAAUUUCCGGAGAAUAAUGUGAGUAAGUGUAUCAAAACUUACUCGCCCAUCACAGCAAGGAUUCAGUACUGAUUUAACAGUGGAAACCAGCUGUGUUCCCGGAACGGUGUGUGUCAGUCUCCGGAGUCCAUUCUGUUUCAGAAUUUGCAGUUGGUUGUUUCUGGCAACCUUUCAAAAUUAUUUGUUGUUGUUCAGUAAUUUAGAAAUAAAAACUAGCUCGUUUCCUUCUACUUUGUUUUAUUGUCACGGCGCAGGCUAACAGUUAAUUCAUCAGAAUUCUUAUAUGUGGCAAACUACAGAAGAAAGGGAUCGUUUUAUGAAGAUAGUGCACUGUUUGGCAACUGCUUAUUUUUAGCAUUGAUCUUUGCCCCUGAGGGUUCAAGUACCCUUAGCUGAGUUGUUUUCAGGCUGUCAUGAAAUUAACCAGCAACAUGGAAUUCUGUUCUUGCUGUACCUUCUGCUGUGUUCUCCUUUACAUCCCAGUUUAUAUAAACUCCUGAGCCAUUGUAGAGAAAAGCAUUUACUGACUUUCAGAACAAAACACGAUCCUUCUGCUAGCAGUUUGGAAGCAAAUAGGAAACAUUCCUGCAGCAGCAAACAGCAGUUAAAUCCCGCAAGAUAUGGGAAAAUUCUUGGAGAAGUUUAAGUUUCAGAUGACCUGGUUGAAAUAUUAACAAUUUUGAUGAGAAGCACAAGCAGUCAGAGAUUGAGGUUUUUAAACAAUGUAUGUAUGGUGCAGGGAAAAUGGAUCGGUGUUAUGUGAGACAAGAAAUGAAUGCUCGUAUUGAAGAGAAGUAUCUCAUGACUAUAGACUUUAAUUUCUAGGUUAAAAAGAAAGGCUUGAGUUUCUCAGAGAACCUGGCAAUUGUAUAAAGGCUUUCUGUUGUUGUUCAACUUAACUGUGUGCUGCUGCUUUCUAUCUAUGAUGCCUAUAUGACUUCUGAUAAUACAGCAAGAACCUCUUAGCAAUGUUAAAACCCUAGACAAUUGUUUUAAAUUUAGAACAGAACACUGUAAUUAAAUGACAUAUACCUCUUUGUUGCUCUCAAACAUGUAAUUCAUUGCAGUGUUUUGAAUUAGACAUUUUAAAAAAUACCUUGCUGUUUAAAAACUCACUUGAAACAAAUCAUAAGUGUAAAUGACAGUACGUAGGUCAGUUCUCUCUCAUUUCUGCUUUUGUGAAAAAACUAAUCUUUUGCACGCUGGAUUAAUAAAAUGUGAUGUCAGCAUGAACAGCCUGACCACUGCCCCGUUUUGGGGAGAAAUAGUGACAACAAAAUAGGGAAUCUGGGGGGAAAAUUAGUUACAACAAGUAGAAAACAAGAUCUAACAUAGGCUUUAAACGGCCCCGUGAAGGUCAGGUGGCAGCAGCGCCUCAGACUCGAGUUCUCUGGUGCUUUUGCAGCAGUCCUGACCCGGAGGCCGCCACCUUCUUUCCCACGCAGUAAGAGCUGUACGCUCACGCAGCUCUUUCCGUGGUAUAAAAGAGGCUGCUUUUCUGGUCCUGGAUUGACAUUUACCCUCACCGGAGCAGUUGAUCACAACCGAGUAGAGGCGGCGGCGCGGCCCCCUGCUGGCGGAGCGUGCUCUGGAGCGGGGUAGGGCGCUCCCCCAAUGGAAGCGCAGACGUGCCGUGCCGUGCCGUGCCGUGCCGUUCUGUGCGUCAUCACCCGCGCGCCUCUCCUCGGCGUAUCGGGCUCGGCUGGGAGCGGGUCGCUCCGUCCGAGUGCUCGCUGCGAAAGCUCGCCCCGAGAGGCUCUUUCUUGCCGUGGGACGGCGCUGCCGUUGGCCCGUCCGCCGUAGUCAUGAUCCACAGCCUGUUCCUCAUUAACGCCUCGGGGGACAUCUUCCUAGAGAAGCACUGGAAGAGUGUCGUCAGCCGCUCUGUCUGUGACUACUUCUUCGAGGCACAGGAGAGGGCCUCAGAGGCGGAGAACGUGCCGCCGGUGAUCUCCACGCCGCAUCACUACCUCCUCAGCGUCUACCGCCACAAGAUCUUCUUUGUGGCUGUUAUCCAGACGGAGGUGCCACCUCUCUUCGUCAUUGAGUUUCUGCACCGUGUCGUCGACACCUUCCAGGAUUACUUUGGUGUCUGUUCAGAGGUGAUGAUCAAGGACAACGUUGUGGUGGUUUAUGAGGUGCUGGAAGAGAUGCUAGACAAUGGCUUUCCGUUGGCAACAGAAUCUAAUAUUCUCAAAGAACUGAUAAAGCCUCCAACUAUCCUGCGAACCGUAGUCAACACCAUCACAGGAAGCACUAAUGUGGGUGACCAGCUUCCUACUGGACAGCUAUCAGUGGUGCCUUGGAGACGUACUGGUGUGAAAUACACCAACAAUGAGGCAUAUUUUGAUGUGAUUGAGGAGAUAGACGCAAUAAUUGACAAAUCAGGUUCUACAAUUACUGCUGAAAUCCAAGGAGUAAUUGAUGCUUGUGUCAAGCUGACUGGGAUGCCAGACCUUACCCUUUCCUUUAUGAAUCCUCGGUUAUUGGAUGAUGUCAGUUUUCAUCCAUGUGUGCGUUUUAAGCGCUGGGAGUCAGAGAGGAUACUCUCUUUCAUUCCACCUGAUGGAAAUUUUCGCUUGCUGUCUUACCAUGUCAGUGCUCAGAAUCUUGUGGCAAUUCCUGUAUAUGUUAAACACAACAUCAGUUUUCGUGAUAGCAGCUCGCUGGGACGCUUUGAAAUCACGGUGGGACCAAAGCAGACUAUGGGGAAGACUAUAGAGGGAGUGAUGGUUACUAGCCAGAUGCCAAAAGGUGUCUUGAAUAUGAGCCUCACACCCUCUCAGGGUACACACAUCUUUGAUCCAGUUACAAAGUUGCUCACGUGGGAUGUGGGGAAGAUAAACCCCCAGAAGCUGCCAAGCCUGAAGGGUAGCAUGAAUCUGCAAGCUGGGACAUCGAAACCAGAUGAAAACCCCACGAUUAACCUGCAGUUUAAAAUUCAGCAGCUGGCUAUAUCUGGACUGAAAGUGAAUCGCUUGGACAUGUAUGGGGAGAAGUACAAGCCAUUCAAGGGGAUAAAAUACAUGACUAAAGCUGGCAAGUUCCAAGUCCGAACCUAGAGGAUCAUGAUAGUGAGGAAAAACACUUUCUUGUUUCUCCUGUCCCUAGCUGUUGGAUACAGCUUCGCCCUGGUCUGUCUAUUUAGGGUUGCACCCUUUCCUUUGGUAGCAUGAGCAGGAUAGCCAGUGCUUAGAGUGCUGGGAGGGAGGGAAAAAUAAAGUUGACCUGAAACUAUCUCAUCCUUAGCUGAGCCUGAAGCAUUUGCAGCUCUGGCAGGUGGGAGAGGACUUCAGGUCCCUUGGGACUAGUAAGUCAGAUGUCGAAGUUUGUAUCACCUUCAUCUUUCUGUCUUAAAGGAAAUUCUAGGGAUUGUUUUUCCAACUCCUUUUCCUUAUAUUCUGGCUGUUUUUUAUCCCUUUGUAGAUGAUAAGAAGUUGAAUUUCCACAGGGUUCAACUGCAGAGUGAUGGUCUAACACUGAGUGUUAGGUUGGAGAGCUAUAGUUUUUGGCAGUGGUGAAAUCUGCUGGCCAUUGCCCCUUGAAGGGGCUGAAACUGUAAAGGUAGAUUGUCUCAACCAGGAUGGGAUUUUAAAAAGCCUGAGUUUGGGGAAGGUGCUGCAGAAGGAGGAAGUGGAAAAAUUCAACUCUUUUCCUUAAUAUUUCAUGAUCCGUCUUGAUCAUUAAGCAUCUUAAAGAUUUGGGGAUAGGCUGGAAACUCAUCCAGAUCUUAAAAUGGAAUCCUGUGAAGAGCUGACUGUAGCGCUUAUCUUGUAACUGAUGGGUGGUGAUAUCUGAAUGUAGUUCUGUUUCUUUUCUUCUGUCCUCGGUAUUUAGAGGUAACGUUUUUCCUAGUUUCUUUGGGUAGUCAGGGAGGAGGCAGGAGAAGAAUUUGUGUGGAGAUGUAGCACUCUGAUGGAAGCCCUUUUAAAUUCAAGCUGCAGCAAGUGAAGAUGAUCGCUAUCCUCUAACUUGUUGAAAUCUAUUUUUCUUUCUGCCUGCCUAUUACAAAUGAAGGUGAUACUGCUGUUUUCCUGCUCUCUGGUGUCUUUAUCUCAAACAAUUAUGUCCUGGUACCAUUGUCAUGUUCCUGACCGUACUUCAUUCCAGUUCCUGUCUCAAUUAGCUGCUGUGCAGGUGGAUUCAAGCCUGUGCAGGAUUUCUCACUAAGACAAUCUCUUCUGCAAGAGUUGAUGCUACAUAUGCCCAUCCCAAUCUGUGCUGCAUCUCUCUGUAAAGCUUAAAUAUGAAAUGAGAGGCGCAUGCACGGUUUUGUAUUGUUUGUAGCGUGCUCUUCAGCCACUAGAUGCCAGUGUGUUAAUUUUCUUGGUAGCAGAACUGGUUCAUAAAAUGCUGUACAUGUGAUUACAGCAUUUGUCAGGUGGCUGUGCAAUCCAGCAUGUGUGGUCCAUGCUUGUGAACAGAAUGAUAUGACCCUAAAUGAAGAAUAACAUGCACUCUGUUUUGCCUGUGAUGGAAACUAGCAGUGGAUGAGUGGCAUUUUGCUUUUGGAAUUGCAUUUUCCAGUGCAACUGAUGAAUGCCACAGCAGGUGACCUCAUAUUGGGAGCAUGUUUAUUGCAAACAUAAGCUUCAACAAGAGCAUGAAUAAAAUUAAUUUUUUCCUGUCA